ACAGCAGUGAGCGUUUGUUAAAAGUUUAAACCGAAUAUUUACACAUUAACAAGAUGAAUCAAAAACCUUCAGAGACAGGUUGGUUUUACCAUGCGCCAGCUAAAAGGCAGGUCCAUCUGGAGGAAGAACUGCCUCCAGCCUCACAGAUUCCAGGACUAAGCGACCUGCCAGAGGAAGAGCAACCUCAAAAACAAAUGGUUUACAGAGACUCUGACACAAAAUAUAUCAGACUGUGCAAGCGAGGAGGUCGGGAAGAUCUACUUCGUUUUAGGGAUUUCAAACCAAAAUCCAAAGAUCCUGUGCCAUACCCAAGAAAUGAAUGGUUUUAUUGGGAUAACAAUGAAGAAGAAGCACCUUCACAGACAUUUGAGCACAAGCUCCCAGAAUACAUGGUCCACGAAGAGUACAAGCCAGAAGGAGACCACUAUGAUUAUGAAAAAAAUAGACCUAAGAGAUUACCUUAUGCAUUUGAUAGACUUACAGUUUAUGAACGGGAGGGAGAUGACAAAAGGGUGACAAAUAAAAAUGUCAAGAUCCCCGAGGUAAAGAGACCUGGGUAUGGUGUAAGGUUACAAAGAGUUGCACCUGCUGGACCAAAAACAAAAGCCGUUCACAAGAGUAAACCUAGACCAGGAGAACUAGAGCAGCAUAGAAAUUUUUUGCCAAUGCCAGACCUUGAAACAGAAAAACCACAGAUGGGAAAGAUUUUAUCUUACACCUAUAACAAGGAAUGGAAAACAGAAAACAUAAAGUGGCAUGACAAGCAAGAAAAACUACAUGGCAAAAAUGCAUUUCCUUCCAAACAGUCAAAAGAACCCGUCAAGUCAGAAUACCAGCAGACAUAUAGUCAAACUGCAAAGGACUCAAAACACAAAGUAGCAAGGAAAUCAAUAGAACAUACUCCAAGAAGAAAAAGUGAAGAUAAAGAAAAGCCUUUAUUCAAGUUGACAAGGUUUACUAAAGUACCAGCAAGAACAGAUAACCACUGGCAUAAGACGGAACAACUACCCUCAGUGGCAUGCUAAAGUGGUUAUUUAAUAAAAGAC